AUGGAGGACAAUGGAGUCAAUGAUUUGGAAGCUCAGGAAGCUCUAGCCAGGGAUUUCCAACCGGCUUUGGUGGGUCCAUUAGUGGGGGAUAAGAUGCGCAGUACGGCGAUAACUGAGGAAUAUGCGAAAGCCGAUCCAAUAUAUGUAUCAAAGACAUCUGCAUUACCGCAGAAAUAUUCUCAUUAUCGACCGAUUCUUGGCGAUGGAAAUUGUGGAUGGCGGGCCGCUGUGUUUUCCUAUUUCGAAACUUUGUUGAGGAUGGGGAACAGAGGUCAAGUAGAUGAAGAACUAGCGAGGAUGAUGUCGCUGAACAACUUACUCACGACGGCCGGGGGAUUCGAUGCAUGGCUUUUUGAGGAUAUGGUGGAGGAAACCACCUCUUUAUUGAGAGAUGUAGCAGAUCUAAUGGAUACUUCCAUACAAGCUGCCGAGUCCCUUAUUCUGGAUCGAUUCAAUAAUUCGGAGACCUCGAACGCUAUCGUAUAUCAUUGUCGAUUACUGGCUAGCUCAUGGCUUAAAGCCAAUCCUCAAAACUAUCAAGGCUUCAUACCAGAUGGCGGUGGUAUUGAUCAGUACAGGAAAGAUUGGUUGGAGCCGCCAAAUCAAGAAAUAGAUCAUCUUGGUAUGACUUUACUCAUAGAUGUUCUAUUAAAACCUGCUGGAUUUGCCGUGGAGAUUGUCUACCUCGAUCGUAGUGAAGGAACACAAGUCAACAGUCACAUGUUUCAAGCUGAAGACCCAAAUGGCCAGCCCACCAACCCAGCAGGUCCGAUCAUAUAUCUCCUCUACAGGCCAGGACAUUACGACAUCUUGUAUAAAGAUCUUUUACGGCAGAGCAUUGAGAUGAGCUCAAACAUCCAAGUUAAUCGAGCCACCAAUUUUACCCAUCAACAUUCACCUCAGGCAAAUCCCUCUAUGAAUGCAUACCAAAGUAUGGAUCUCCUCUUCAGCAUUCCGGGUCUCAGCCUUCCAACACCGUAUUCAAAUUUUAAUUCUUCGCAAUAUCAAUCUCCCAUGUCCCAAUCAUUUGCGCCUACACCAUCUACCGCCCUAUCUACCGCCCUAUCACCCAUGUCACCUACGGGAAACUCGGUCUCAACGCCACAAUCCACAACUUCAGUCACCAGUCUUCCCACCCGUUCAUCUUUUACUUCAAUCAAUACUCCCACCCCAAUCAUUACCUCUCCACACCCAUUUCAAAGUACACAAACGACUCUUCCUAUCCAUACACUCCCACCACCUCAUCCUCAUGCUAUUCCAUCUCCAACUGCAUUAGGUAUACCAGCACCCAGUUUUCGACCUAGCAAAUACGAAUGGGCCAUAACAGCUGAUUUACAAGAAGGCCCUGUACCUAGUUUUCAAACUAGCACGUUUAAAAAUAGUCAUUAUAACACAGCGCAUUAUAAUAAUCCGAAUUUUCAACCCGAAGAAUGGACGCCGGAGGAGGACGGCUUGGGUAUGGGUAGCAAAGGAGGGGGAGGGGCUGGUGGUGGAUAUGGUAAUUGGGCUAGGAAGAGGAGUAGUUGA